ACGUUAGCAGUGCAGUCGAUGAGCUGAGAGCGCAGAGCAAACUGCCGAGAGGAAAAGUGAAACGAAAAGUGAUUAACGGAUCCCUUAAACGAUACUUACCUGGUCGAUGAUCCCCUAGGAUCACCUCUUUGUUAGCAAGAAUUGAGUUUUGCUGAUUGGUCAUCAAGAGGAGCUCCACUUUGGAGCAGGCGGAGCUACAGACAAUUAAAGAAGAGGAGGAGCCACAACCCACCCACAUUAAAGAGGAAGAGGAGGAGGAAGAACUCCUGAUUACUCAAGGGAGAGAACCUCUCCUAGGACCAGUGGAGGCUGAUCUCACCAGGUUGCCACUGAAUGGUGUCUCUGUGGUGACGGAAGACCCUGAAGACAAACCAACUAAGUCCUCACAACUUCAUCAUAGUCCGAGUGAGGAGAUGAGAGAGGCAGAGCCACAGGUCCUCCUCCUUAAUGUGGGUGACAUGAAAGAGGAAGAAGCAGAGCCACAGCCCCCCUAUGUUAAAGAGGAAGAGGAGGUGCCACAGCCCACCCACAUUAAAGAGGAAGAGGCGGAGCCACAGCCCCUCUAUGUUAAAGAGGAAGAAUUCUCAAUCACUCAGGAGGGUGAGCAUCUUCUCGGGCCAGAGGAGGCUGAUCUCAUCAGGUUGCCACUGACUGGUGUCUCUGUGAAGACAGACGAUCAUGAAGACAAACCACCUGAGUCGCCACAGCUUCAUCAUAGUCCAAGUGAGGAGAUGAGAGCGGCGGAGCCUUCAUGCAGCAGCUCACUGCAACACAUGACAAGAGAAGCUGAUGGAGACCACUGUGGAGGAUCACAAGCAGACAACCUGAUAGCUCCACUGUCAGAUAGUGACGACAUAACGUCACACUCUUCUGAAGAAGACAGAGACUACAAUCAAGAAUUGCUGAGCAGCGAUACAGACUGUGAAGGUGAUAUGACGACUCACACUGACAACAAACACUCUGAAAGCUCUAAAAAGACCAGUAAACGUUUUAACUGCUCAGUUUGUGAUAAAAGAUUUUCUGGUAAGAGUCAUUUGAUUCGACACAUGAGAACGCACACAGGAGAAAAACCGUUUAAUUGUUCAGACUAUGGUAAAAGCGUCACUGGAAAGACAAGCAUGCAGUCACACAUGAGAACGCACACAGGAGAAAAACCUUUUAGUUGCUCAGACUGUGGUCAACGCUUCACUCUAAAGACAAACAUGCAAAGACACAUAAGAAGGCACCUAGGAGAAAAACCGUUUAAUUGUUCAGACUGUGGUAAAUGCUUCACUGGAAAGACAAACAUGCAAAGACAUAUGAGAACGCACACAGAAGAAAGACCUUUUACCUGCUCAGACUGUGGUAAAUGCUUUGCUCAAAAGUCACACAUGCAAUCACACAUGAGAACGCACAUAGGAGAAAAACCUUUUAGUUGCUCAGACUGUGGUAGACGCUUCACUCAAAAGACAAACGUGCAAAGACAUAUGAGAACACACACAGAAGAAAAACCUUUUAGUUGCUUAGACUGUGGGAAACGCUUCUCUCGAAAGUCGGAAAUGCAUAUACACAUGAGAACACACACAGGAGAAAAACCUUUUAUUUGCUUAGGCUGCGGUAAAGGCUUCACUCAGAAGUCAGCGAUGCAAUCACACAUGAGAACACACACAGGUGAAAAACCUUUUACUUGCUCAGACUGUGGUAAAUGCUUUACUCGAAAGUCAGGCGUGAACUCACACAUGAGAACGCACACAAGAGAAAAACCUUUUACUUGCUCAAAUUGUGGUGACACAUUUUCUUGGAAGUACACUUUGAAAAGACACAUGCAGAAUCACUGAUCCUCUACUGUUUGACUCACCUGACUUCCAUGCAGUCACAGUGUUGCCACUGUGUUGUAAUAUUCUUUGUACGUGUCUUUGUUCAAUAAAUAUAUCUUGUUUUUAUUCAUAUGCAAAAGAAAGACAUGAUGACUGCUGUGACUGUUUCAUUUAUAGUUAAAGGUGUUUCACUAAAGGCUGUAACUGAUGAAGUUUGAUUACUUCCAGAUUUGGUGUUUAGAGUAGUGAUUUGAGUCCUUUUACUGACUUAAGUUCUUAUGAUUCACUCAUUGUGGUGCAUUUUAGUCUCAUUAUCAUGAUAAAGAAGUUAAAGGCAAGUUGGCCUAAAAUGAUUAAAUUUUAUUAAACAAUGCAAUUUAAAAAGUCCAAUAUCUGCAUCAAUAUCAGCGAUACUGGCUCUGUACUGACUGGAUAUUGAAUGGAUUGUCUGAUGUUGUAUUUUCUUCUGGACAUUGACUGGAACACCUAAUCAAGUAUUGUUUUCCAAUGCAUCACGAUAACACAUUUUGCUGGAGGAUAAUCGUCCUGCGCGUUAUUGCCGAUUUAAAAAUAAUUUUGUCAACAUUAUUUUAAGACCGUUUUUCAUGAAUGCAGUGAUGAUUUUUGGUCUAAUAAUGUGAUGGUGGGGCAGUAUGGCAGUCAGACCUGGCAGGCCCAAAUGUAUUGUGAGGGUCUGCUGGGAACGACUGGCAGAGUCCCCUGUUCACGGCUGUCCCCUGUCAGAAGGAGUUUCAACUCCCACCUGCGGGAGAGCUUCGACCAUGUUCCGAGGGAGGUGGCAGACAUUGAUUCUGAAUGGGUCAUGUUCCGUGCUUCCAUUGUCGAGGCAUCUGAUUGGAGCUGUGGCCGUAAGGUGGUCGGUGCCUGUCUUGGCGUAAUCCCAGAACCCGUUGGUGGACACCAGUGGUGAGAGAUGCUGUCAAGCUGAAGAAGUAGUCCUAUCGUGCCUUUUUUGGCUAAUGGACUCCGGAAGCAGCUGACAGGUAUCGGCAGCCCAAGUGGUCUGCGGCUCUGGCAGUGGCUGAGGAAAAAACUGGGACAUGGGAGAAGUUUGGAAAAGCCAUGGAGAACGACCACAAUCCGGCGUCUCAGGAGGGGGAAGCAGUGCUCAGUCAACACUGUGUAUGGUGGGGAUGGAGUGCUGCUGACCCCGACUCGGGAUGUUGUGAAUCGGUGGAAAGAAUACUUCGAAGACCUCCUCAAUUCCACUUCCUAUGAGGAAGCAGAGCCUGGGGACUCCACGGUGGGCUCUCCUAUAUCUGGGGCUGAGGUUGCUGAGGUUGUCAAAAAGCUCCUCGGUGGAAGAUCCGCUUGGAGUUCCUUAGGCCCUGGAUGCUGUAGGCGUGUCUUGGUUGACACGACUCUGCAGCAUCGCAUGGACAUCGGGGGCAGUACCUCUGGAUUGGCAGACCGGGGUGGUGGUCCCCAUUUUGAAGAAGGGGGACCGGAGGGUGUGUUCCAACUAUCGUGGAAUCACACUCCUCAGCCUCCCUGGUAAGGUAUAUUCAGGGGUUCUGGAUAGGAGGAUCCACUGGAUAGUUGAAUCUUGGAUUCAAGAGGAGCAGUGUGGUUUUUGUCCUGGUAGUGGAACUGUGGACCAGCUCUACACUCUCAGCAGGGUCCUUGAGAGUGCGUGGGAGUUUGCCCAACCAGUCUACAUGUGUUUUGUGGACUUGAAGACGGCAUUCGAUCGUGUUCCUCAAGGAAUUCUGUAGGGAGUACUCUGGGAGUAUGGGGUAUGGGACCACCUAAUUCAGGCUGUUCAUUCCCUGUAUGACCGGUGUCAGAGUUUGGUUCGCAUUCCCGGCAAUAAGUCGGACCCGUUUCCAGUGAGAGUUAGACUCCGCCAGGGCUGCUCUUUGUCACCGAUUCUGUGAAUUAUUUUUAUGGACAGAAUUUCUUGGCACAGCCAGGGCGUUGAGAGGUUCCGGUUUGGUGGCUGCAGGAUUGAGUCUCUGCUUUUUGCAGAUGAUGUGGUCCUGCUAGCUUCAUCGAGCCGUGAACUUUCACUGGAUCGGUUCGGAGCCGAGUGUGAAGCGGCCGAAAUGAGAAUCAGCACCUCCAAGGUCAAGUCCAUGGUUGUCGCCCGGAAAAUGGUGGAGUGCAAUCUCCGGAUCGGGGAUGAGAUCCUUCCCCAAGUGGAGGAGUUUGGCCGGUGAGAGGGAAGUCUGGGCCUCCCUGCUUAGGCUGCUGAGAUCUCGGAUAAACGGUAGAAGAUGGAUGGAUGGAUGAAAAUCAAAGAAGAUAAUACAUAAAUAGUACAGAUGAGAUAAACACAAUAUUAUAAGUAAUAGAUAGCAGAUACAUUUUAAAAGAAUGUAUAAAUUAAGAAAAUAAUAAACGACUUCUACAAACAGAGAAAGCACAUGAAUUUUGAUCAAUGAAGUACAUUCAGUCAUAGAUGACAUCAGUCAGCUUAAUCACACAUCAAAUGGAAUAUAAACUGUGACAAAUUAUACUUCUAAAUACUGAGUGUGUACACAUAGUUCACUAUGAUGUACUUUUGUGGUUUGAAAUGAUGAGAGUGGCAUCAAGACCCCCUGACUAAGCCCGAACCAGCACACUGACUAUGGGCUUGCUAAUUAGGUGGGUCACAUGACUUUUAAUCAAUGGGAUGCAUUCAGUCAUGGAUGAAAGUAGAUGGCCAUGAUCACUGGGCUGUUUACAUUACCUCUGCCCCAUAAAGAACAUUCACAGUUUGAAUGAAAGAUACAUCGUGAGAUGCACUGGGACACAUCAUCAGUGAUGUUCCUGAGUUCAUCGGGCGUUUCGGGUCUUUCAACAUCAUACGCCCUCACUCAGGUGACCCAGCCUAGGGUUGAUCAUUCCCUGGCUUGUGUCCCAGUAGCAUGGGCCCACAGAUCGCUCCUCCUGAUCCACAGCCACCUGGAGGCUCUCUCUGCUGCCUCCAUGGUGGACUUAAUGGCUUUCCAUUUUGCAGCCCCGGUGAUGCCAAGUAGUGUGAAAAUCUUGCGCAAUGAGCGGCCAGCAAAGCCCCUGCACCCUACUUCAAUAGACUCGCAUCGUGCCUUCCACCCUGCUCUUAGGCAUUGCUCAACCAGCUCCUGGUACUUUGACCGCUUCCGCUCGUUUGCCUCCUCUAUACGAUCCUCCCAGGGAACUGUCAGUUCUAACAGAAGCACCUGCCUUGAAGAGACUGACGCUAGCACGAUGUCUGGCCUCAGGGAAGUUGCUGUAAUGUGGUCUGGGAACUUGAGCUGCUUGCCUAGGUCAACUCGGAGAUCCCAGUCCACUGCUGAGGUGAGAUAGCCAGCUGGUUUGGGCUGUGGCAGUGGUUGCUCUCCAGCCCUGACAAAGGCAAUGUUCCUCUUGCCAAGCUGUUGCUUGUGGCUGAUGUUUUUGGCCACGGCCUUGGAGAUGGUUUCAGCAACAGUCUUCAGCACCUGGUUGAGCCUUCAACGGUAACGACCCUCCCCGAGGGCUUUUGAACAGCUGCUUAGGAUGUGCUCCAGAGAGCCUUUCCUGGAGCACAGGGCACAUGCUGGAGAGUCACCCAUGCCCCAGAGAUGGAGAUUGGCUGGGCUGGGCAGGACAUCAUAAACAGCACGGACCAUGAACCCCAUGCGCUGGGGUUCUGCCUUCCAGAUCUCAGACCAGGUCACCUUCCUCUCCAGCACCCCCUCCCACUUUGUCCAUGCUCCCUGCUGCUGCAUGCCCACCAUCCUGCUGGUCCGUUCCUCCUCGACCCCUGCCGCACCUCCUUCAGGACUAGCUGUCGUUUGUCCUUUCCAUGUGCCUUCUCAUACCAAGGUUGAGGAAUCGCACCCAGCCCAGAUCGACCCAUUGCCACCGUGCCCACCAGAGCCCUGCGUCUCAGCCGGGACUCAGCCACCACCAGACCAUCUUGAGCCCUCCAUUUCCUGCCAGUUCGCACCACGAUGCCCGCUGAUGCUACUUUGGAGUCCUUGGAGUCGCGAUAGAACAAGGCCUCAUACUAGAUGGACAUGAUAAUUGGGCUGUUCACAUGAGCUUUGCUGUAUGGACGACAUUCACAGUGGGAGUGGCUGCUAAAAGGUUGAGAUUUGGGGAAUUUCAACACAGCUGUUGAUCUCACCAGAUCUCAACAAUAGGCCUUUUUAGAAGAAAUCUAACUUUAACUUUCUAACUUUUUGCAUUUGAAACUACUACAUUAAAUUACUCAGUGAGAAAUUCUCUCUACAGUGCAAAUGUUUUUUUUUCAACAUACGGUAAAACCAGUAACCCAGGCAGGUCAGAGUUCAUGACAAUGUAACAGCCAAAACACACAUGAAAACUACACUGCGUUCCAAAUUAUUAUGCAAAUGAUGUUUUUGUUUGAUUUUCCAAAGUACGUGAUGCAAAUGAUGAUCAGCAUAAUUUUCAAGUCAUUAGCUGUCAAAUUUUAUUUAAAAUGUUAUUGAACAAAACUCCUCAUGAAAACAGUAUUUAAAAAAAAAAACAAACUUAAAACGCACUGUUCCAAAUUAUUAUGCACAACAUAGUUUAAAGACGUUUUCUAGUUUGUAAAGAACUGAAAAUAGUAAUUUGUUGAAUUUACAGCAAUAUAAGGUCAUGUUUACUAAAAUAAAAAGCUAUUCCAAUCCAAUACAUCUUAACAGGUCAAGUUACAUGUUAACAUAGGACCCCUUGUUUGAUAGCAGCUUCACAAUUCUUGCAUCCAUAGAACUUGUGAGUUUGUGGAGAGUUUCUGCUUGAAUGUCUUUGCAGGAUGUCAGAACAGCCUCCCAGAGUUGCUGUUUGGAUGUGAACUGCCUUCCACCCUCAUAGAUCUUUUGCUUGAGGAUGCUCCAGAGAUUCUCAAUAGGAUUGAGGUCAGGGGAGGAGGGGGGCCACACCAUGAGUUUCUCCCCUUUUAUGGCCAUAGCAGCCAAUGAAGCAGAGUUAUUCCUUGCAGCAUGAGGUGGUGCAUUGUCGUGCAUGAAGAUGAUUUUGUUACGAAAAGCACGAUUCUUCCUUUUGUACCAUGGAAGAAAGUGGUCAGUCAGAAACUCAACAUACUUUGCAGAAGUCAUUUUCACACCUUCAGGGACCCUAAAGGGGCCGACCAGAUCUUUCCCUAUGAUUCCAGCCCAAAACAUGACUCCACCACCUCCUUGCUGAUGUCGCAGCCUUGUUGGGACAUGGUGGCCAUGCACCAACCAUCCACUACUCCAUCCAUCUGGACCAUCCAGGGUUCCACGGCACUCAUCAGUGAACAAGACUGUUUGAAAAUUGGUCUUGUAUUUCUGGGCCCACUGCAGCCGUUUCUGCUUGUGAGCAUUGUUAGGGGUGGUCGAAUAAAAGGUUUAUGCAGAACUGCAACCCUCUGGAGGAUCCGACACCUUGAUGUUCGUGGGACUUCAGCGACACCAGCAGCUUCAAAUACCUGUUUGCUGCUAUGUAAUGGCAUUUUAGCAGCUGCUCUCUUAAUCCGGCGUGUUUGUCUAGCAGAAACCUUCCUUAUUUUGCGUUUAUCUGCAUGAACCCGUGUGUCCUCUGAAUCAGCCACAAAUCUCUUAAUGGUACGAUGAUCACGCUUAAGUUUUCGUGAAAUAUCUAAGGUUUUCAUACCUUGUCCAAAGCAUUCAACUAUUUCACGCUUUUCAGCAGCAGAGAGGUCCUUUUUCUUUCCCAUAUUGCUUGAAAAUGGUGGUCUGCUUAAUAAUGUGGAACAUUCUUCAUAAGUAGUUUUUCCUUUAAUUGGGCUCACCUGGCCAACUACUUAUCACAGUAUGUAUGUAAAGUAUGUGAUUGAUUUCAGUGAUCCACAGAGCCCUGAGACACAAUACCAUCCAUGAGUUUAACGGAAAAACACAGGAUUUAAUCUUUAUGAUACUUAAAUACAAUUUGCAUAAUAAUUUGGAACGCAGUGUAUGUAAUUCAUUAAAAUGACAAGAAGAAAGUUUUAAACAUUUUUGAAACUGAUUUUAGUUGAAAUCUACAUUUUAAGGCUCAAAAUUAUUUCUGAACAAAAUAAAUCAAUAGUUUUCAUCUGUUUCAUUGUUUAAGUUUCCUUUCUUGUUUUCCUUGGUUUUGUAAAUAGUUUGAUGUUUCAGUGUAAUAUUCCCAUAAAUAAUUAGGUCUGAACCAAUGUUCCCUCUAACUUUUCAAUUGUCUGAGCAUACAAACAAACGACCAGAGCACUCCUUGAAUCUCUGUGAGCGCCAUCAGAUGUGCACACUUGUAGCGUCACACCCGUUCAAAACCUGAGAACUUGAGGUAGUCCAACUUCCAUUCUGUGGUAUUUUCUAUAUGAGUGGGUUCAAAAGGUCAGCAAGGCGUAUUUCACAUUCUCAUAAUAUUGCUAACAAAUUUCAAUCGCUUUUGCUGCGUUUACCCCCACACUUUGGAAAUCCUUUCCACCUGCACUACGAUCUACUACAGAGUUGUCAGUUUUUAAAUCUCCAUUUAAAACUCAUUUAUUCAGACUGGCUUAUGACACAUGAUGAUUAUAUGUACUUUCGUUGUGAUUCUGUGCCUGUAUCUGUUUUUUAAAAUUUUGUUUAAAUUGUUUCUAUUGUAUCUUAUUCGAUCUUAUCCUGUUCUUAUUUGCUAUAACCUGUUUUUUACUCUUGUGAAGCACCUUGGGCACCAUUGGGAUGUUGUAAGGUGCUACACAAAUAAACUUUGAUUUGAUUUGAAGGAAUGGCAGUGUAUCUGACUGGAC